UGUCAAUCCGACUGCGUUUAGUUCUGCUGAUUUCUGAACCUUGCGACACUACUAGUAGGAAGCCAAAGAUGGCGUCAGCAGCAGCGUUCCCCAGCAGCCUCUUCCUCUUCCCGACCAGACCAAGCACGCCACCGCUCCCGUCGUCCUCCUCCCGACCGUCUCACUCUCACUCCCGCCCCCACCUCCGCAUCCGAUCUCCACCAAUCCCUAAUUAUCCAGCGGCCUUGCCCGCGUCCUCUCGGAUGGAGGUCGCCCAGGGAGGGGCGGAGGAGCCGGCCAUGAAGCUGCUGUUCGUGGAGAUGGGCGUCGGCUACGAUCAGCACGGCCAGGACAUCACCGCCGCCGCCGUGCGCGCAUGCAAGGACGCCAUCACCUCCAACUCCAUCCCCGCCUUCCGCGGCGGGUCCAUUCCUGGAGUGAACACCGACCAGAUGAAGCUGCAGAUCAAGCUCGGGGUGCCGAGGUCCACGCAGCACUUGCUGGAUGCUGAGAGAGUCAAGGCCGUCUUCCCCUAUGGCAAGAUAAUCAGCUUUGAGGUCGUUGACGGCGGCAUGAUCUGUUCAAGCGGCGUGUGCCUGGAAGCAAUGGGGGAUAAGAACGAUGACUGCUACAUUGUCAAUGCUGCAGUUUAUGUCGGCUACUGAUGAAAUUCCGGAAGAGUUGCUUUCACCUGGUACCUGGAACAGUAGAGAUUGGUUAUGGCUCCUCAAUUUUAGAAAACUGCUCCUACUACAGAUGAUUUCGUGCCGCAAUAAUAAGCCAAUAAGCAUGCAGCUGCUAUCAGCAUUCCCAAUUCA